UUUUUUUCAUCCAAGUUUUUUUCAUCAUUUUUCAUCCAUGGGAUUCAUUACUUAAAAAUUGGCAGUGGUUAGCUGUUACACAUCCAGGAUACGUAGCUUUUAUGACUUAUGACGAGGUUAAACAACGGCUUCAGCAAUAUAUUAACAAACCGGGAAGUUAUGUCUUUCGAUUGAGUUGCACACGUUUGGGUCAAUGGGCAAUUGGUUACGUGGCACCAGAUAAAAAGAUAUAUCAAACAAUUCCACAGAAUAAGUCGUUGAUUCAGUCAUUGGUUGACGGCAGUCGUGAAGGUUUUUAUCUUUAUCCAGACGGUCGUCCCAAAAAUAUUGAUCUUUCUUUUGCCAUCCAAUCAAAUACUGAAGGCAAAGUGCAUGUAUCACCUGAACAAUACCAAAUUUAUUGCGAGAUGGGUACGACUUUUGAAAUGUGUAAAAUUUGUGAUGAACAAAAUAAAAAUGUUAAAUUGGAACCUUGCGGGCAUUUGUUAUGUCGGCCGUGUUUGCAUAAAUGGCAGGAAAAAUCUGAUGGUGAAAAGAACUGUCCUUUUUGUCGUUGUGAAAUAAAAGGAACUGAAAACGUUCUAAUUGAAUCAUACAAUCCUGCUGACUUUAAAAAAGAAAAUAAUUCAAUAAAAUCCAAAACUUCAACAAUUUCACCCCCUCCCCGUCCAGAAAGGACUGUACAACAAAUAAUUAAUAAUCCAUUAAAUUCACCUUCCUCUCCACCUCCAAUACCUCCAAAGAGAGUUGGUCAAAGUGGUCAGGUUAAUGAUAAAGAAGAAAAUCGUUGGUCAAGAAAAUCGUCAAAAAUCGAGUUUCUUUUUAAAUUUUUUUUUCCCAAAAAAUUUUUUAGACAACAAGAUUCAACAGAGGAAAGUGCUGGCCCUUCAUUUUUGGAAGAACUUUCGAAUGCUAGAGAUCGUGUUGGACCUUUUGGUGAUUUUAUGUGUCUCUCUUGGAAUAAUAAAAAUGAGAAUGAAAUUAUUGGAGGAAAUGAUAGUACAAAUAAUGCUUCUAGUUCAACACAAGGUCAUCAAAACAGAAAUUGAAGUUGAAUAUUUUUAUUUUUAAUUUUUUGUUCUUUCAUUUUCACACACACUUGUGAGGGGUUGAAACUGAACUACACCAGAAAAAUUUUCUAUCCGAUUUUUUCCCGAUCCUUGUCUAAUUUAUUUUUUUUUAAAUUUUUUUUGGAACCAAGUUAAAGGGUCAACUAAAGUUGAACCUAAAAUAUUCUUUUUUUUUAUUUCUCUACUAGGGGAUCGGGUCUACUAUAU